AUGUCGACCCGCUCACACCAGGGCUGCUGGACGUGUAAACGACGUCGGCGUCGCUGUGACAACGCGCGCCCUUCUUGCCAAAACUGUGUCGAGCGCGGGACCACAUGCGAGGGCUACGAGGUUCGGCUAAGAUGGGGUACGGGGAUUGCGUCGCGCGGUCACUUUACUGGUGCUGAUAAACCGGUCAAGACUUCUGUGCCAUUUAGACAGAGGGGAAGACAAAGGGAUCUUAGUAAGGAGAGAAAAAGGAGGAUGGAACUGGAGGGGAAUUCCGCGGAGGCGAGUCGGGAGGUGGAACCAGCGGUUUCGCAGAGGGUAGUUGAGGAUGAGGCUCUUUUCAAUGAAUUCAUGAAUAAUGGAUUUAACGUGCUUCACUCAACAACAGCAAGAGAUACCAUGCUUCAUCCGCGUCUCCCGCAGCUUUGCCAAGAAUCCAGCGCCUUGUAUUCUAUCUGCAUUGCAUUCCAACUCGCACUAUCGAGCACAGUCACCUCUCAGUUCUGCGAAUACUUCGACACCGCAUUAAGGACAUUUCGAGAAGAACUAGCGUGCAGCACGACCCUUUCCGAUGGGACCUUGACUUCGGGGCUCCUAUUGUGUAGCAUUGGCCUCAUGCACGGCCUGCCCUGGACUAUGCAUUUGGAAGGUAUGCACAAAAUAUUGCAGAGCCAUGGCCUCGAUAAUAUGCACCACCAUUCCACCCCAACCCAAUUUCGUAUCCACCUCCUCGAGGUGAUGGGGGUGUUGGACAUGGCCUGCUUUUCUGUCGGUCGCCAGGCUCCAGAGAUUGGCAUCUGGCGCCGAUAUUGCCAGCCAGCAGCACCCAGGUAUGGUAUUGAGCCUGUCAGCGGUCUUCCUCGUACACUACUUGAUAUCCUUGCCGGGAUAGGCACAGAGACCACGGAGCAAAACCUUUGGGACUGGCCUGGAGAGCCAGGGAACUUUUUACAGUGUUAUCUGUGGGAGGCGCAUCAGCUGGCAGGUAUUCUGGCCCUCAGAAAACAAGCUAAAACCUCUUCUCCUCAUAUUCCCGACAAUAUCUCAGCAUGGCGGAAGCCUACCAAGUGUCCGGCAGAUACAUCCGUUCUUGUUGCACGGAUCCUGGCUAGCCUUGAUGCUCUCCGUCUCGCAUCAAUUGAGCGCCCAACCGAAGAUGUUCAUAUCAUGAAUGCAAUUGUGUUUCCUAUGUUUGUCGCUGGAUCGGAAGUCGGUAUCCUGUGUCACAAGCCGGAAUGGCAAAAAACUAUUAGGAAGGGUUUGUUAGGAUCUCAUCAGUGUGAAACACUUCUUAGUCUGUUGGAAGAGCUAUGGCAGAAGGAAGAUCCAAACCUGAGUGUGCAUGAGUUGGCUCGACAAAAAGGUUUGGAGAUGGGGUUGAUAUGA